UCCUAAUAAAUUUGGGAAUCCUCCUAGAGGUAUUCUGGGAAGAAAGGAAAAUGGCCAAACGGUUGAAAAUUCCUCCUACAGGUAAAAAUAGAAGGGGCUCGAGGCCUGCAGGGGACCCCUGACUUAAAGUAUUUAUCAACACAGGUGCAGGUAUGGAUCAGGUCCUGUAACCUGCGUUUUGGUUUGACUCCUUUAUUUCUGCCACGCCAGAAGCCUCAGGAUCUUCUGGCUCUUUGUUGCUGCCAUUUGUGUUCUCUCAGAAUGGGGCUGAAUUUGAAACCUGAGGCAGUUCUCAGUAGGGGAAGGGGAAUAAACUGAGGCGAUACAGCCGCCUCCUCUCAGUUGCUCAGGCAGUAUUUGUAUUCUUUAAUCCUAAUGUUUCAUUUUCUUUUCGCUUGGUUGCAUGAUCUUUUGCCCAUAGCACUGCAGGCAGUUCCAGUUAAAGGCAUAUCCACGCUGAAACAAAAAGUGGGUUUGGACGUGGCUUGCAGCCUGAGGAACCUUGGGAAGUGUAGUUCUGUGAGGGAAGCAGGGCUGCCUGCCUGACAGAAAAUAGUCGGCACCUUCAAAAAGUUAUAAUUCAUAGAGUGGGCAAAGAACAGUAGCAACAGUUGACAGUGAUUUUUAGGUAUGUAUUGCAGAAAGGUUAUACAUGUGGCGCGAAGGAGGUGGUAACAUUCAGCAACAAAAUCCUAUCAUAACUAGAUUUAAACCAGCUUAAUAGUCAUCCCAUAUCCCCAUAGAACUUUGGGAAGCACAAACAAUAGUUUGAGGGAUGGAAAUGCUUGGGAUCUUUAACCAAUAACUCAGUCUUGUUUACUAAUCUACAGCUCCCAGGAUUGUUUGUGGAUUCAUGUGAGAGAAAACUGCCAAAGGUUUAUAUAGUAAUUUGAGUGUAGGGCAUUUGGCUGUUGAAAUUAUAUUCAAGCUAAUGUUUGUUUUUUGAAGUGUGUAUGUGUGGUGUAUGCAUGUUUAAUUUGGUGAGGGGAUCUUUGUGAUAUUUGGGUUUAGAAUUGAACGUACUCUCUGGCACACCUAGCUCCAGUGAAAGCAUUUCUGUUCUGUGGGGCUGACGGCCCCUUUAUACAGUGAGUUAAUAUAGAGUAAUAUGGGGGUAAAUAUGGAUUUGUUUAAUCCUUCAGGGAGUAAACCACAGGAGCUUAAACAAGUUUCAAGAAAGCCAGCAAUCCACCAAUAAGACUCUUCCCUAAAGAUCAUGGUUUUGGUUUUUCCUGGCAUCUGUGCUUGGAUUAUAUUUUACUUUUCAGAACCUCUUUUCUUAGUAUUGCCUCUUACCGCUUUGUAGGCAGCAUUGCUGUGAGGAAAAGCAAAUAAAGAGGAUGGACUGGGUGAAAUUGCGUUCCUAUUCCCGGAAGAGGCGGGCUCAACAGAAUGUCCAUUGUGCUUCUCCUAUCCCAGCUGCGGCAGCAUCUGCUGCUGUAGGUAAAAGGAAUGCUAAAGCCAAAGGGAGUCGGCUGCGCCUAGAUCUGCUUUCUGGACCUCGGCAGGAAUCUCAUGUCAGAAGUAAUUGUUCAUGCAACUACCUUGUCCUUCCCCAUCACAUCCCUGUUUGUCUGGAUUAAUUACAAUAUUUAUUGUGUCUUUGCGUAGUGGCACAAAGGCCCUAACUACUCUACUGUGUACUGUCUAAAAAUGUGUAGGGGUGAGAAUGUACUCUUAAUGUAGUCACUUUAUGUACUCUUAAUGUAGUCACUCUUAAUGGAAACACUUUAUUGGUGAAAUUGGUAGUGGGGAAGAGGGUGAGGUGUUUGUGAAUGUGUUGGGGGCUUAUCUCACCUGCUAUGUCUUGAUGAGUAUUGUAGAAAGCCGCUUGGCCUCCUAAAUGCAUUACAUGGGACACAGAGAUGGGGCUCAUUGCUUUCCUUAGUUUGGUUUGUAUUCAUAGUUUUUGUCACAGUUGCUCAGACCCUGACAACACUGAGCUCAUUACUCCAGUAUGUGCUCCUUCUGCAACACUGAAUGUCAACAGUGAACUCGGUCCUGAUGUCAGUCUUUACCAUCCCAGCUAAAAAUCACCAGCUGCAAAUACAAAUCAACUGUCCCCAGGGCACACAAGGAUGAAUCCUACCCUUUGAGCCACCUCACAGUGGAAUCCUGUCUUAGGAUGCAAGCACCAUUGAACCUAGUGAAACUUACUUCUCGGUAAACAGGCAUAAGAUGGGUCUUGAGCCAGUUGCUGUUUUGCUUUUUCCAAGGUUCUCACUGUUUUUGAAAGCAACACUCCUAUCACCUGAUGUUUUUCCAAGCUGUUGAAUCCCCACCCUCUCAGGCCACUUUCUAAAUUUAUGGUGCUUUCUGGGGCUCCUCUGCUCAGCACCAUUCUCUUACAGUGGGCAAAGACUCCUGUACGCAAUUGUGUGUUCACAUAUGGUCUGCUGCUGCAUGCUAGGAUUUGUGGGGUGAUGUAGUGUGCCCCAAACUGACAUUAGAAGUCUAGUGGAGCAGUCCUAUGUCUUCUCAGGAGUAGGUUUGUAGUAUUCUGCUGAAACACCUGCAUUGGCUGCCCAUAUGCUCCCAGACCAGGUCCAGCGUUCUCUUAUACAAAGCCCUGAUCAACGUGAGUCCAGGAUACCAUAAUGCUUCCCUUAACCCUUAUAUACCAGCUCACUCACUGAGAUAAUUUGGAGAAGUACUGCUGGUUGUCCCCCAUAUUUCAGAAGCCUGAUUGACUUCAACGAGAAUUUAGGCAUUUAGGAUACCUGGUUCCAUUCUGUGAACUCUUCCAGCCUAGAUUAUUCAGGCAUUCUCACAGUUAAUUUUCAGGCAUCUCUUGAAGAUCUUUUUAUGCCAGAAGGCCUAUGCAGCUGCUUAAACUUUUGAAGAUGAGCCACCCAUUUUGUGAUUAUUUUAUAUUUUUAUGGUAUAUGUUUUAUUGUACAUGCAUAUUUUGUUGAUACUUUAUGUGAGGGAGUUUUCUAUAAAUAUUAUACAUAGCAUGCAUGCAUAAAUACAUACCGUACAUAUGUAUGAGAGCCUGCAGGGCAGCAGUUGAAGAAGGAGCAAAAAGGGUGUUCUUGUGUGUGUGUGUGUGUGUUUCUUUGUGGCUGAUUGGCUGCUCUCCCUGUGCAAAGGUCAGAGGGGGCAGGGUUUCUGUUGAGGCAGGUGAUUAGCUGUGGGAGGAGCUUAUCAGAGCUUGCAGGGCAGCGGCGCACGCAGUUUGAUCCAUCUUUUAGAUUUAGGGAGCUAGUCUCAAACGUUUGUUGGGGAGACCUAGGUUUUUUUGUGGGGAGUUAUUUUCCUGUCUUCACGCUUUUUAUGAUGGAGGACCGCUGUAGCCACCCCCAACGACACGUUCUCAAGAUGGAGGAGGGAACAGCUGCAGUCGCCUGCGGUUCCUGCGCAAUGUUUGCCAUCUUGCCAAAGGUUGCAGGCAGCUUUACCUGCAGCAAUUGCAUGUUGAUUGCCCUCUUAAAAGACAAAGUCCAGCAACUUGAGGAACGUGUAGCUACGCUCCAAAGAAUUAGAGAGCUGGAGCUCUUCUUGGAAGCAACAGAGCACACCGUCUCCACCAAGGAGGAGACAGGGGACUCCCCUGAGAAGGACGCUAGUUCACCAACACAGGAGCCAGAUAUAUGGAGAAACGUGACUCAAAGAAGUAGGAGGCCCAGGGUUCGCUCUGAUUGUUUAGAAAUACACAAUCGCUUUGAGGUCCUCUCCCUAGCAUGGAAGACGAAGAGCAGACUCCAUUUGAGGAUCUCUCCCUCAUUACAGUCGAUCAGGUAUAUGAAGACGAGCAGCAAAGUCAGUCCUCAGGGAAUGUGCAGGCGACCUUGGAGCGGACAGCUCACAGAAGAACCCCGACCAAACCUAAGAGGAGGCGUGUAGUGGUGAUAGGGGAUUCCCUACUGAGGGGAACAGAAGCAGUGAUCUGUGGGCCUGACAAGAUGUCUCGGGAAGUGUGCUGUCUCCCGGGGCUAAGAUCCAAGAUGUAACUGAACGACUGCAAGGAAUCAUAAAACCCACUGACAAAUACCCCUUCCUCUUGGUUCAUGUGGGAACCAAUGACACUGCAAGCAAUAGCCUCCAGAAGAUCAAAAGAGACUACGAGGCUCUGGGCAGGAAAUUGAAGCAAUUAAAUGCACAAAUUGUCAUCUCAUCUGUCCUCCCAGUUGAACGACAUGGCCCAGGGAGAGAGGGGAAAAUACUGGAAGUGAACAGCUGGCUUCGCAAUUGGUGUAAACAGGAACGGUUUGGAUUCUUAGAUCACGGACUGCAGUUUCUUGAAGAUGGACUUCUGGCAAGCGAUGGGCUGCACCUCACAACGGUUGGGAGAAAUGUUUUUGCCAAAAAUCUCAGAAACCUCAUCAGGAGGGCUUUAAACUGACUAAUGUGGGGAGGGAGACAGUGCUCCUGAAGGUAGGAGUCUAUCAAUUGAUGAAGAUGAUCAUCCAAAUGUCAUAGACCAAAUGGAGCAAACAGCACACAGACCUAGUGGUGGGAGGAAAAAAUCCUUAAAUAAGAGUCACGGGGGGAUGAUUAAUGGACUUCAGUGUCUGUACACUAAUGCGCAAAGCAUGGGAAAUAAACAAGAUGAGCUGGAGCUCUUGGUACAGCAAACUAAAUAUGACAUAAUAGGCAUCACUGAAACCUGGUGGGAUAAGUCCCACGAUUGGAAUGUAAUAAUGGGUGGAUACAAUCUAUUUCAGAGAAACAGACCAGACAAGAAAGGAGGAGGAGUGGCGUUAUAUGUCAGGGAUGUGUAUACCUGUGAAGAGAUCCAAGAUUUAGAACCUCAAAGCCAAAGUGAGAGCAUUUGGGUCAAAAUUAAGGGAGAGAAGAAUAACAGUGACCUCAUUGUGGGAGUUUACUAUAGAUCCCCAAGCCAAACGGAGGACAUAGAUGAUGCCUUCCUGGAACAGAUGGCCAAGCAUGCAAAAGGAAGGGAGAUAGUAGUAAUGGGGACUUCAAUUACCCGGAUAUUUGUUGGAUGUCAAACUCAGCCAAGAGCAUAAGGUCAAACAGAUUCCUCACUGGCCUUGCAGACAACUUCAUUGUCCAGAAAGUGGGAGAAGCAACAAGAGGAACAGCCAUUUUAGAUCUGGUCCUAACCAAUGUUGAUGACCUGGUUAGUGGGGUAGAAGUGGAAGGAUCAUUAGGCGCGAGUGAUCAUGCUCUUCUGAAGUUUACUAUACAGCGGAAAGGAGCAGCCAAGCAUACCAGGACUCAAUUUCUUGACUUUAAGAAAGCCGACUUCAUAAAACUUAGGGAAGUGCUGGGUGAGAUCCCAUGGACAGUAAUACUAAAAGGAAAGGGAGUUCAUGAUGGCUGGGAGUUUGUUAAGAGGAGAUAGUAAAAGCACAACGUCAGGCAAUACCAAUGAGACGGAAACAUGGAAAGUGCCUAAAGAAGCCAGGGUGGCUAUCUAAAGAACUUUUAACUGAGUUAAGAUUAAAAAGGAUGUGUACAAAAAAUGGAAAAGGGGAAACCACCAAAGAGGAAUUCAAACAAAUAGCCAGCACGUGUAGACACAAAGUCAGAAAAGCUAAAGCACAGAAUGAACUCAGGCUUGCUAGAGAGGUUAAAAGCAACAAAAAGGCUUUUAUGAGUAUGUUAGUAGCAAAAGGAAGAACAAAGAAACAGUGGGGUCACUCAGAGGAGAAGAUGGUGAAAUGCAAACAGGGGACACAGAAAGGGCUGAACUCCUCAAUGCCUUCUUUGCCUCAAUCUUCUCCGAUAAAGAAAACAAUGCCCGACCUGAAGAAUUUGGAGCAAAUGAUUCAGCAAAGGAAACACAGCCCAGAAUAACUAAGGAGAUAGUACAAGAAUACUUGGCUAGUUUAGAUGUAUUCAAGUCUCCAGGGCCAGAUGAACUGCAUCCAAGAGUAUUAAAAGAACUGGCAGAUGUGAUCUCAGAACCACUGGCAGUCAUCUUUGAGAAUUCCUGGAGAACAGGCGAAGUCCCGGCAGACUGGAGGAGGGCAAAUGUUGUCCCUAUUUUCAAAAAGGGGAAAGAGAGGACCCAAAUAAUUACCGCCCAGUCAGUCUGACAUCAAUACCAGGGAAGAUUCUGGAACAGAUCAUUAAGCAAACAGUCUGUGAGCACCUAGAAAAGAAUGCUGUGAUCACCAAUAGUCAGCAUGGAUUUCUGAAAAAUAAGUCAUGUCAGACUAACCUGAUCUCGUUUUUGACAGAAUUACAAGCCUGGUAGAUGAAGGAACGCAGUGGAUGUAGCCUACCUUGAUUUCAGCAAGGCAUUUGACAAGGUGCCCCAUGAUAUUCUUGUAAAGAAGCUGGUAAAAUGUGGUCUUGACUAUGCUACCACUCAGUGGAUUUGUAACUGGCUGACUGACCGAACCCAAAGGGUGCUCAUCAAUGGUUCCUCUUCAUCCUGGAGAAGAGUGACUAGUGGGGUGCCACAGGGUUCUGUCUUGGGCCCGGUCUUAUUCAACAUCUUUAUCAACGACUUGGAUGAUGGACUCAAGGGCAUCCUGAUCAAAUUUGCAGAUGACACCAAACUGGGAGGGUGGCUAACACCCCAGAGGACAGGAUCACACUUCAAAACGACCUUGACAGAUUAGAUAACUGGGCCAAAACAAACAAGAUGAAUUUUAACAGGGAGAAAUGUAAAGUAUUGCACUUGGGCAAAAAAAUGAGAGGCACAAAUACAAGAUGGGGACACCUGGCUUGAGAGCAGUACAUGUGAAAAGGAUCUAGGAGUCUUGGUUGACCACAAACUUGACAUGAGCCAACAGUGUGACGCGGCAGCUAAAAAGCCAAUGCAAUUCUGGGCUGCAUCAAUAGGAGUAUAGCAUCUAGAUCAAGGGAAGUAAUAGUGCCACUGUAUUCUGCUCUGGUCAGACCUCACCUGGAGUACUGUGUCCAGUUCUGGGCACCACAGUUCAAGAAGGACAUUGACAAACUGGAAUGUGUCCAGAGGAGGGCAACCAAAAUGGUCAAAGGCCUGGAAACGAUGCCUUAUGAGGAACGGCUAAGGGAGCUGGGCAUGUUUAGCCUGGAGAAGAGGAGGUUAAGGGGUGAUAUGAUAGCCAUGUUCAAAUAUAUAAAAGGAUGUCACAUAGAGGAGGGAGAAAGGUUGUUUUCUGCUGCUCCAGAGAAGCGGACACGGAGCAAUGGAUCCAAACUACAAGAAAGAAGAUUCCACCUAAACAUUAGGAAGAACUUCCUGACAGUAAGAGCUGUUCGACAGUGGAAUUUGCUGCCAAGGAGUGUGGUGGAGUCUCCUUCUUUGGAGGUCUUUAAGCAGAGUCUUGACAACCAUAUGUCAGGAGUGCUCUGAUGGUGUUUCCUGCUUGGCAGGGGGUUGGACUCGAUGGCCCUUGUGGUCUCUUCCAACUCUAUGAUUCUAUGAUUCUAUAUGGACUUUAUGCAAACAGAACACUGAUGUUGCCAUUCAAGAGUGGUGGUUCAUCCAAGUCUCCUCUUUAGGAAAUUUUUGAUGGUGUUCACAAUUAUUUCCCCCACACCUGCAGUGGUUAGAAACAGCCAUUUUUAUAAAUUGUGUGUGGGUGCCACUGACAACAACACCUGUUCUCAUCUGUCGCCAAAAUAAUCUGCCCCUCUUGAAAUGCAAAGAGCAGGUGGUAAAUCUGAAUAUAGUUAUGCACACUUAAGUCAGUGGUGGACUUUGGUCUUUCAGAUUUCAGUGUCGCCUUGUGGGCAGCCAAAAUUCAGCACCCCCCUUCCUCUCACCACCUGUUUGGCUCAAUUCAGUACAUCAUAGUUGUGGUUCCCCCUACUGCGGUAGAACCAGUCAUGCUGCCCUAAAUCCACCUCUGCUUAAAUCCUGUUGUUCCCAGAGGGAUUUGCAGAUUAUUCUCAAAUAUUUUUGAAGUAAAGUGUUGCUUCAUUGUGACAUAUCCCUCAGUCACAUGACAAAAAGAUCCUUGUCAGGGGGAGGAAGAUAAAGACUAAGUAUGGCUGCAGUCUUACCAUAUGGAGUAUUUACCUGUGUGAAGAAUAGGUGGAAAUGUAACCUGUUGAUGAUUAUUCUACCCAGUGCUUUUUUCUUGGGGGACGCAGGGGUACGCAUACUCCUAAACAUUUUGUGAAUCUAGGUUUAGCCUCAUUGAGGGGCAGUAUUUCAAUAUGAGUAGGAAAAUGAGAGGACCCCUAAACUUUUUUUUAAAGAAAAAAAGCACUGAUUCUACCUAAACAGCUCUCAAAACUGCGCAGCAAAAGCCUUUGAUCCAGAUAGGCUUGGUUUACCAAGUGCAUUAAAUUGGACUGUCAGUAGGGGGAGCUUUUUGUCUUCUGAUAUUGUACUAAGUCUUGGGAGUAUCAAGACUUGCCUUAAUUUAUUUUUUAAAGAAACUGAUAGCAAAACCUGAUGAAAAUUAAAAGGUGCAAAGGAGUUGUUCUUGCAAAUCUCUGGAGAUUGAGAGCUUAACAGGUGUCUUGAUUUCACAGUUGUACUAGGACCUUCCUUUUGAGAGCAGAAAUUCCAUUAUAGUGCAACUCUGAGGUUUUCUUUUGCUCAUUCUUUGUUGACUUGCUAGAGUUGUGUUGUCCGUAGCCGAUACACAAACGAAACAAAUGUGGAGUAAUCUACUGACCUUGAAGAGAAUCUGUUCAGGGUGGGUUAACAUGCUUUUUAAUGCACCCAACUGUAUGUGCACAUGUCUUUGCUUUGUUUGCAUGCCAAACUAUGGUGUAUCAGGGCUAUGCAGACUCCUGAAGAGGAUCUCACAGCUGCUUUACUUCCCCCAAGUCAUUUUACUCCUGUACUGCGAUGAGUUUGGGUUGGCUUAGUUUGUUGUACAAACCUAGGCUCAUGGUUAAGCUCUUUCCUUGUUUACCAUGAGUUGCAACCAAGAACAAACCAUGUAGUUACUAUGACAUAUGAACUAGUCCUGCAUAUAUUCCCAUACAUACCUAGGCAGCCACAUCAAUUGCAGAGUGAGGAAUGGCAGGCCAGCCUAGGCAAACUGUUUAAUGGAGCAUUCCAAUAAAUGAUCCCGCAGUGAGGUUUAACAGAAGGGUAAGUAGGCCAUUCACCCAGUGUUUAGCAAUCUGCUGGGUGAAGUGUUUGCCACCCUCCAUUAAAUGCAACUGCAGCAGGGAAGGGUGUUUCACCAAGCAGUUUAGCAAGCUGCACUUUGAAGGCCCUCUCCAUUAAACCUCUCUUCAGCCAUGUUUGGUAAUCUGAUGGGUAGAUGGGAGCUUGCAUCCAACACACCAUAUCCUUCAACCCUUGCCCCCGAGGUUUGAAAGCCCCAUGGGUCACUUGAAGUCCCAACAAUCAGGGCUUCAAAGGGAAAUAUUGCCUGGUGUCACUAUGAUGUCAGGUGGGCAGCAUGGAGGGCGGGGACGGACUAUGGGGUUUAUGGGUGAAGUUUAAAGAAUGGGGAGUUAGCCCAGGGGAUUGGUGAGCAGGGGCAGAACCCCUUGUGUGUGUAAGUGUGUGUGUAUGCGUCUAUGGAAAUGUAAGUUGAGUGGCUAAUAUACACUCAAAGAAAAUGUGCACAUAAUCCAUGAAGAAGAAACUGUGUACAUUCCCUGUUCAAUAUAAAUAAUCUCAAACAGUCAUGGAGGAAUGUGCAUAUCUCGGUUUGAAUUUUGCACAUACUCGGGGCACCAGAAAUAAUUACAUUGAAGCCCUUCACUCAGCACCUGUAUACAAGUUGGGUGAAUGCCAAACAACUGUGACGUCUUAACACAAAGAGAUGAUUCUUACUCUCUCUUUACAACAGAGCAAAUCCUUUGGGUAAAUGUAGGACUUUAGGUUACUAUCAAUUUAUACAGUUUAUACAAUAUUUGUUCUGUUGGAUCAUAAUCCUGUGUUUGGCUAAACAUUCACUUUUUUCUCCCUGUAGGACAAAUUGGAAAUGCCUUUAAAAAAGCAUUGCCCAAAAUUCAAGAAGCCUCUGGGGUGACCCAGAUGGACUGUCUUUCAGUGGAACAAAGGUAUAGAUUCCAGUUAUUCUAUUAUUGGAUCUGGGGGAAGGUCUUGAGCACUUGAGGCCCCAUAGAUGUUGUUGGACUACAAAUCCCAUCAACUCUGACAAUUGGCUAUGCUGAUGGCUUGGAGUCCAACAACUUUUGGAAAGCACCAAGUUCCACACCACCAGUCUAGAAACUGUCAAUAUGAUGAUGCAAUUCAGCUUUAAUUGUAUUUAUAGGCGUUAUGGCCAGGACAGGAAGGACUUGCCUUGUUUUGAGCAACAUCCCCAGAGCAAUAAUAACGCCAAUUUCUGUUGUCAGUGUGUUGGUUUAAAUUCAAAUUAAAAGAAAUCAUUCUUCUCAGAAAUUCCAGAUAUCAGAGUUGGUUUGAAAUUGCCUAUGAAAAAUACAGACCCAUAUUUGUGCUGUAUUCCCCCCCCCGACCCAUAGCACUGAAUUAAAUGAAAAUGAAAACAGAAGCAUGGAGGUGAAUAAAAGUAUCAAUAAAAUGGGCACUGCUGUAUUAAAGGUAUGUAUUUAAUUGUUAAACCUCUUAAAUCCCAACAAAUCUAUGUACUACUAGUAGGGUAAAAACGAAAGACUGCUGCACCUUCAGAGUCCAGCCAAUCAAAAUACAUAUACAGUAUUUUGUAUGCAGCCAGUGGUGUGUCAUGGAGCUGGUUUGCAUAUCACACUAAGGCAAAAUCACAAUUAAGCCAUGCUAGCUCCUAGGCAGCAUGGUAAGUGGUCAGGGAUGAUGGGAGUUAUAAUUCAAAAUAUAUGGAAAGCACCAGGUUGUUUCUGUAUGUAUUCUGUGGUUCUGACUUUAAAGUGGGGGCAAAUCCAUCUCUCUGAGGUACGUGGAAAUAUCAGGGUUUGCAGUAGUCACCAGCAUAAUUAGUGUACCAGCCUCUCUGAUUGCUGGGAGAAUUUUAGUGUGGAGGAAUAUUAGAAGUCAUACUGUUUCAAGUGGUUGGUGUGGAACAGAUGAACUGUCAUAAAGACCUAUGAAUAUUGUCCAGGCAAGUUCAUGGUUAUGCUCUAUUCACAUUGACUUGGAUAGUGGCUGGAAAUGUGCAUCAAUCACAAUGAAAUUUAUAAAAGUUGACAAUACCACUAUAGAGGUUCAGUGCCCAGGAAAUAACCACCAUAUGUGUUCAGCUUUAAAUUAUUCUCUCUGUCAUGUUAGUCUCCACACAGAACCUCUGAUCUUAACAGAGACUGUGCUUAGAAGAAAUUCUGGGGCUUUGUGGUCAAUGAGAAAUUCCCCCAUUCUGCUUGAUGACCUUCUGCAGAUGAACAAUUUACAUAAUUUAAAAUUGCUUCCAUGUGGCCAUUGAUAAUACAUUUCAAAUCCAAGAGUUGCUCUGAUCAAUGUUAAGGAAUAUUUUGUUAAUGACAAAACUGUGCAGAACUGUUUCUUUCUGAGAAAUUAUUUUCAUGAAUUUUGUAUGGUCAUAAGGGAAAUCACAGUUUUAUCUACGUCAUACCUUGUCAUCUGCAUCUUUCACUGUUGUUCUUAGGAUUCUUUGCAUUUAAGCUCUGCAAGUAAAGAGAGUGUGAGAUAUAGUGAAACUACAUCAGGUGAGUAUGCUUAAGCAUACUGGAUCAGGAACUGUAUUCUUCUAAAUAUUAUUCCAAGUUCCCUAAUGUGACUAGUCCUCAUGUUAAUAUUUUAGUUCCCCCAACCCAAUUUUAAUUCCCCCAACCCAACUCUGUGGCCAGUGCUGAAGCUUUCCUCAGGAGCAAUUCAUAUCACUAGUGUUUCUUGUUCAGCCUUCUACAUAAGAAGAAGAAGGGCAGGAAAAAAAAUGAAUUAUUGGGUGAACAGGAGUGAAUAACCUUUGGCCCUUCAGAUGUUGCUGAAUUACAACUCCCAUAAUCCCAUAAUCCCUGAGCACUUGGACUGCUGGAAGUUGUAGUUCAGCAACCUCUGGAGGGCCACAGUUUCUUCACCUCUGAUCUAGAAAUUCCAGUGGGUGUUCUAGAUAGCUUUGCUGAAUGCUUGGGCUUCAAGUUGGUGCUAGCAGCAUUGGUUUAGGUCAUGUACUUGGUUAUGUAUUAUAACUAGAGAUUUGCAGACCUUUAAAAAAACCGCAGAAAAACGUUUUUCCAGUUUUUUCCUAUUUCCGAAAAAUUGGAGGAAAGGUUCUUCCCCCCACUAUUUUUUCUUGGGGGGGGGGAGGAAUUCCAGGCCUUCACAUCAGUAAUUAUAACAGACUUCUAAAAAUUCAAGUAGAUUUUGAGCACCAGUCUGUAGACCAGGAUAUAACUUUUAAUGCCUUGCGGAUCUGUAUAGCCCAAAUAUGUGGAUAAUAACUUAAUAUUCAUUCCCAUCAACAAUCCUUUUAAUUGACUGCUCACAGUGUCUAAUGGCACCUAAGUCCUAGUCUUAUUUCCACCCUAAUCAUAUUGUGCACUUUGGGUCAUUUGGUCCACUGCCCAUCUGAUGAAGAAAAGGGAUCGCCAGUUACUUUGUUGAAAUCCUCAAUAUUCUUAUGAAAAAUUGUUAAUAUAUUAUAAACCUGUUCUGUUCAGUUUAAUUAACCAUUUUAAACCAUGGCACUACAUAGAAGUGGUGCUGUUUAUCAUUUCCAGGAUACCUACAGUAUUUCUUUUAUAUAGAAUAAAUAUAUUACUGUUAUGAUGGAAGCUGAACAUUGCAUGUAUACUGAAACAAGUGCAGAGGUUUGAGUAUUGGACUAGGAGACUAUGGUUCAAAUGCGCUUUCAGCCAUGAAACUCACUGGGUUACUUUGGCCCAGUUGCCAUCUUUCAAUCAAACCUCCCUCACAGGGUUAUUGUGAGGAUAAAAGAGGGAUGGAAAGAACCAUGUGGAUGUAUGUCACCUGGAGCUCCUUGGAGGAAAUUUAGGACAUGUAACGUAAUAAUAAAUGAAAACUAAUCCAAUUGAACCUAUUACUGUUGCUGUUCUCCAUCCUUCUCUCAUGUGGCCUGCCUUCUGUUCACAGGACUAUAUUGUAUAACCUAUUGCAACAUACAGUCUUUUUAUUUCAAACUGAAACCCAGAUCUUAACAUUUGUAUGCAUUUAUAGGUGCCCAGCAUAUCAGGGUACCUGAAUGAGCACUUUAAGACAGAGCAGUGUCCUGAUCUCAUUUUCCCUUUAUUUCCAGGAAUGACUUUACCCACAGGUGUUUCACAUUUUCUGCUGCAGUGUUUGGAUGAAGAGUCUUCUCUGUGCUCUAAUACAGAAUCUAGUGAUGGAGCAAGUACUUAUUCAUCACCUGAGAUAUUCAGAGAUGAAAACACAUUAGGUAUGCAUGCUUAUGCUCUACAUGUGGGAGUGACCGUUUGAGAAAAGCAUGUGUGCUCUCAUCUAUAUUUUUUAGUUGCAGAAUGUAUGGCAGAAAUUGGGAACCUGUGGCCCUCCAGAUGUUGCUUUCUUUUCAGCCCCAGCAAGCAUGGCCAAUAGUCAGGGAUCAUAGUAUCUUAGAAUUUGUAGAGUUUGAAGGGAUCACGAGGGUCAUCUAGUCCAACCCCCUGUAAUGCAGGAAUAUUUUGCCCAACAUGGGGCUCAAACCCAUGACCCUGAAAUCAGGGUCUAGUAGACUCAUGGUCUACUGACUCAGCUGUCCCAGAGAGGAAAAACAUUUGGAGAGCAGUUGACUCCACAUCCCUGCUGUAAGGCCUGACUACAUUGCAUUUUUAUUUGCUUAAUCAAGCCCAUCACAUAGUCAAGUGGGGAAAGCUUUGCUAAUUGAUUGUUGCCAAAUGCCUCUUAAUUUGGUCAGAGAAUGACCAUUUAAUCCAAGGCUAGAGUUCAGAGUGUCCUUGGCAAUUCUUGACCUAUACUACAUUUUUUUGAUUGGCUUAACCCCAGCACUGGGCAAUCAACCAUGCAUCAAUUGCUGAACAAGUGCUUCAAAUUACAUUCUCAAUUAUUGUUUGUAGGGAGGGGAUCUAAAGUCUUUACACUUUAUGCCAUAAUAAGCCAACUGAAAUCUGUGGAGGUUCUUCAAGAGUGAUCAGCUUACAAAUGCAAUGUUAGCAAACUUAGCAUUGUAGAAUUUCAAGCAUUUUAGAAAGACGGUAGCAACCAUAUUGUGUUAUGUGUUUUAGAAAAAAGCACUGGUCCAGAAGAAUGCCUUGGGCACAGGAAUUCAACCCUCUUGGAUACCAGCAAAGCCAUCAACAUAGACAAGAUGCCACAUGUGCCAAAUCUUUCACAGAUAUUGGGUAACCUUGAAAAUGUUACAUAAGUGUUUGGUUGCCAGCUUGAGUUUAAACCUUUCUUUGAUGCAGAGGGCAGCAAAUGUGGGUGUCGGGAACUUGAGUUGGUGCUUCCACACUCCAAGUGGCAGAGUUGGAUGUCUGGAAAUAAAGCAGCUUGAUGAUGAGACCAUGGGAAGACUAAAAUGGUUUGAAAAGGAAAGAUUAAGCAUCCUAGACACAAUUGGUCAAGCUACAGGGUGGGGCAAAUUCGUAUAUCCUUUUCUUCAGUCCGUCUCCUGUGUCAAACCAGCAUCUAUUCAGGGCUCCCCCAGCUGCCCAGCGACUUACUAUGACAACUUCAUGGUUAGCUCCAGCACCUAUUUUUCUUGGGGAAGAAGCACUCGGAACAAAUGUCAAUUUGUUUUUCUGUGAAUUGACGUUUGUUCCAGUUCAGGGCUAAACAGCUGAUUUUCCUGGGGAAAGCAAGGGGCAAGCAAAAAUCCUCUUGGACCCAUACCUUGAAAGCACAGGACAAGCAGAAAAGCUCAGACCUGUGCUUUCUGGGCAUGGGGCAAGCAGAGGUGUGGAUGAGCCCUAUGUUGUGCUGUAUUGCUCUAGCUUACCUUGAUCACACUCUUCACAUUUGAUCUCUUCUAGAAACCACUUUAGGAAAAAAAGACCAGAGCAUUACAAGGUAAUACCUAAGCAAAAUAUUGUUACAUGCCACCCCAGUCUCCGAGCGGUGUGAGAUUCCAGGGGUUCCAGGUGCUUGCCCAGGGAUUGUGUUUCUAAAGAAAUGAGCCACAGCGGAGACUGUGAUGUCUUUAGGGUAUACGGUUUAUUUACACAUACUGUAUAUACAACCUGAGUCUACGAUGGAGGGGUUCAAAGCAUUAACACUCCAAAAGGUUCUUGCCCCUCCCAUGGCCAUAGUCUUGGAUGCCUGCAGAAAUCAGCCAUCACCCUCUGGUCAGCUUGCUAUGUUUAACAGACUGCCACUUUUCUCGCGGGCUUGCUGACACAGCCAACAACUAUUUUUUCUCCAACCGACGUCAUCCCCAACUGCAAUCCUAAAAACAACUGCUCUCCUUCCAGUUCUAAAACUCUACUUCAGAGGCUUUUGUCUUUCUAGCCAAUUAUGAGUUGAGAGAGGGGGUCGAGUAUCUGACACCCAGGAAUUAUAAGCAGGGUCCAGGAACUAGAAAGGGAAUUCAGGCACCCCACAAACGCAUAACAAUAUUUUUUUGUGACUGCUCUCUUUUUUAGAGACAGUAUAUAUGCAACUGCUUGGAGUAAUGACUCUGAUUGUGGCAGCUACAUAAAGCACUGCCUUCGCCAUGGCCAUUAAGAAGCAACAGCUGUAGCCAGGGAAAUCCCCUCUCACAAAGAGAACACAUUGGUGGAGCAUCCCAUUAUGGCAGAAUUGAAGAUAUUAAUUGGUCUGUUGACUCAUUAGUCAGUGUAUUUUCACUAGAUUUGAAGUGAUAUUAGCCAGUUAGGAAAGAAAUCACUUGGAUCUUAAUGGAAAUUUUGUGAGCAGCUAAGCAUAUAACUACUUUCUUACUUUCGCCUUUUUAUUUUCUUACUGUGGCAGGCUAUCAAAGCAGAAAUCACGUUCUGAAUUGACAGAUGUUUCAGCUGUAGUUGCAGGUAAAUAAUGUUAUUUAAAACAAACAAGUUGCAAGUUAUGUGACACGACUAGCAGAUUUGUUUUUGCUGUGUGCUUUUAAAAUAACAAGUUCAGGCCACAGGGCCUGUGUAUAAUGAUGAUCCUGAAAGGUUGCCCCUCUUUGCCUGGCUUGGUGGCCCUCCUGGCAUUGAAAUUCCUUUAACUCAAACAGCUGCAGAGCCGAAGAAGAGGUGAACAUGGAAGCCAGCACUAAAGCAGAAUGAGGGAAGUAAACAUGCCAUUGCCUCUUCCUCAGUCAGGCAAUUAGAACACUGCAAGGCAUGGCAGGAACACUGACUGCAAACAGGGAAAAUGCCGGCGGUUAUUGAAAACAAAACGGCAAAAUACAGUGGCUCCUCCUGGCUGCAGACUGCACCCCAGUCCUUCCUGGUUACCAUGGCAACUGUGUUUGUGGACUCUUGAAAAGUGAUUCAUCCAGAGUAGCUCACCCCCACCCCAUUUUCAUACUUGCAGACACACAUACUGUACCAUUUAAGAAUCUCAUUCCACUAAAAAAAAGGGAAAGAAAGAGAAAAUUGAGUGAAAAGGACAAGCCACAUAGUGUUAAGGGGUGGUUAAAAGCUCAGAAAUUGAGGCCAAAUGAAUGGCUCUGCAGAUCAGCCAGUAAAUGACUGCAGAUCAGCCCAUGACCCCCAAACUGCAGCACAAAAUUGAGACAGAGAAGUAGCUGGGCCAAUUUGCACAGUCAAAUUGAAGAAUUAUUUUUCUUCCUGUUUUCUCAGGGAAACAAGUGUGCAAAAUUUUGCCUGCAAAGGAAAAGACACCUGAAUUGCAAUCUUUUGGAGCCUCCUUAUUGCCUCAAAAACAAACAAAAAAGGUGACAAGUUUAAUGUUCAUAGGUUGCUAUGUGUGAAUUGGGAUAGUGGUGUGGUGGACAACUAACUGUAGUGACACAACCAUGGAAAGAUAGCUCGGUAGAGUAUGAGACACUUAAUCUCAGAGCCGUAGGCCAUGUUGGGGAGAAGAUGCCUGCAUUGUAGGGGGUUGGACUACAUGACCCACAUGGUCCCAUCCAACUCUACAAUUCUAUAAUUUUAUCCAUCCUACCUAUAGAUGAAUCUGGAUAAUAAAUCUCCAGUUGACUGUAGUCCUUUCAUUCAUUUUUUAAAAAAUCCAGUAAGGGGUCAUCAUGGGUUUACUGGGGAUGGGGCUGUAGUCCUGGCACACUUCCUGGCCCCAUCUUUAGAUGAGCAUUCUGUUACCCUGGAUCAGUCACCCUGCCCAAGGGGCAGGGGCAAGAGCUCAAGCAGUAAUCACAUGACGGCAGCUUAGUGCCAGUGAUGAGUGAAGGGGGCUACACUUGAUGUUACAACUUCAGAAUAGGUCAUGCUAUGGUGGCGCAGUGGGAUUGUUAACCCUUCCCCUGCUUGCUGACUCUGCUCUCACAAUUCUUCCUUGGUCCUCCCCAUGCACUUUAUGGGUCAGCUUUCUGUGUUCCAUUGUAAAUGGAAUUAUUUGGGUGCGUAAUGAUUAAGCACCUCUUGUUUUCUUUCUUUUGAAGUUGGAUUUCAAGUUGACCUUGUGGAAAUCAUGGAACAUCCAAUUAUAAAAUAGCAGAAUUAAGGUUGUCCCUUCAACCUGUCUUAAAUAGCCACCCAAAUAAAAAUGUUCUGGUAACUUAGGCUCUAAAUUUGGUAAACCUUUGGAGAAGGAAGCUGCUAUACCUGAGGCAUCCGCAAAAGAAACUCACUGGGCCCUAGUGGUACAAAUUCAGUUUUUUCAUAUAUUAUAGAAAGGUGCUCCCAGCUUAUCUUUCAACUAAGCUUUUUACAUAAUAUGAAACCACUUCCCAUCUAGAAUCACUAGUCAAUGGCUAUUACUUGUUCUUCUAAGUGGGUGUGGCUAUCUUUUCUUCUGUGUAACUCCUUAAAUAGUUGACAGUGUGAGUUCAGUGAAAAGGCCAAAGUAGAGGGGAAACCACUCCCUUGCAGAAUUUUCCUUUUACAAAUAUGUUUGUGUGUGUGUGGUCUUGAUAAAAAUAAAGGGUGGCUUCUGUUCAUGAUGAAAAGAAAGCUAUUUGUUAAAAGAAAAAACUGUGCAAAGACAAGCUUCAUAACAGAUAUCUAGAUUGCUCCUCACAUUGCCCUUUUGGCCUCACACUGAGAUUUUGGAAUUGGGAAUUGUUAGUGUUCUGUGCUGAGAUCAUUUGGAACGAAUCUCAUGUUUUUAGUGAACAUAAAAUGAGUCAAGCACUCUAUUGGCUGGCCGUCUUCCAGGGACUGUCAUGUGAUCCUAGUCCUAAUGAAGUAUAGUGCAGCGACUAAAACCUUGAUUUAAAUCUCAUCUCUCCUCUGCCAUGAGAUUACAAGUUGGCCUUCAGCAAGCUGCUAUCUCUUUCUCCCUUCCCUGCAACAUGAGGAUAAUAAGUGAGAAUUUCAUCAUGCUAUUGUUCAUAAGAAUUACUGAGAUGUAUACAAAGCGCUUCAAUUGCUCAAAAUGCUGUCUAAAACACUUUUAAGUACAUCCCUUACAAGUGUUGAUGAUACUACUAUACAAUUCUUCAUGUUUCUGUAGACUAAAGAUCAGCAACCCAGGAAAAUGAAGUGCACAAAAAGAGUACUGUUUUCCUCAUCCUCAUCCUCUCCUUAUGUAUUGGGUCCAGCCAAGUUUUGCGGAAUCGCAGCUGAAACCUUAGGCUCUGCACAGCCAGGUACUGGCAUGGUAAGUUGUUUUCAACUGCUAAGCUUUAAGGGAAUGGGGAGUGCUGCACUUGGGGGUUAGAGAGCUGCUGUAAGGCUAAGAGAUGCAGAAACGAAUGGUGCUAUGGGAAAUUACAACACAAAAGCUGGCAAAAGACAAAAGUGGCACUAGUUAAACUAGGUGUCUGGAGACCUGGGGUCUUUGGGAUGUUGUUAGACCCCAGCUCCCAUCGUCUCUAACUAUUGGACACACUGGCUAGGGCUGAUGGGAGGUUGGGUCAUGUUAAAUAAUAUGGAUGAGCCUUUUGUGGUCUAUGGGUUGAAUUGGACCCAUAAACCCUCUUCAAAAUUGGGAGUCUCUCUUCCCUUUGGCAUGGUUCCACUGAUAGGUGUACUUAGUGUUCAGGAAACAGGAAGUAGUGCUUCAGGUGGCUUUUGCCCCCUGCUUUCUAGGUGCAGGUCUGGGCUUUAAAGCUCAGUGUCUGAGCACUCCCCCACCCACCCACCCACCCGCCUACGCUUUCCCCAGGAAAACUCUCUCUUUAAUGCAGAAUCAAAACAAAUGGCAAUUCAGGUUUGGGGCAAAUUGCCAUUCGCUCUGAUUCAGUGAUAAAGAGUAGGGCUUUGCAGGAAAAGAACUGGCGCAAAAAUAAAAGUGCUUGGAUGGGGAGCAUUAAAGCACAGACCUAUGUCUAGAAACACAGUACAAAAGGAAGUCUGGAUGAGCCCAGAGUCUUCUCAGACAUGUUCACUUGACAUUUGCUUUCAGAAUGAAUUCAGAGUAUCCUGCGAUACAACCAAAGCAGUCUGUUUACAGGAAAAUCUGGUUAUCUGUUUAAAAUGGAUUUCUCUCUUAUAAAGGAAUUCAAUUUGGAAACUGGAUGGGCUGCAGGUGGAUGUUUUAUAUGAAGGAAAUUAAAUAUUUUAAAAUUAACAGCAGAACAGAUUGCUCUUGCUAUUUGCUUCUGAUAAACUUUUAUGUCUGUAUCGGAGAGCAGUUCCAGAGUAGUGAACAUAAGAAACAAUAAAGCGCUGUUAACAAGUGCAGCACUUCUACAGACAGAAGAUUUAGAGUUUAGCAAAAUAAGCUCAAAACAAAUGUAACCAUUUGCAUUUAUUUCCAAUUGAAUGAUACAAUGCAAUGAAAUGUGUUUAUAUUUAAAACAUCAGGGUCUUGGUGUUGUUGUUUGUAUCAGUUUCAGACGGCCAUUUUCAAACCAGUUUUGUGGGCCAAAAGCUAUAUCUCAUUUAUCUGCAAAAUUUCCUGGCUUUUGAAAUGUUUCUCAGUACUGUAUGUGCUAGUAGCUGUUUUGAAAUCUGGGGGACACUUUAGGCAAUACCUUUCCUGUGUAGAAAAUAAUCAUCAUGCAGGAAGAAAAGUACUUGCAUUCAUAUAAAAAUUGCACAUAUAUAACCGUUGCGGCUUCCAAAUAUGUGGCAAAAUAGAUGUCGGUACUGGUGGCCAGAGUGUAGGGAAAAAGCUGUACAUCUCCACUUACCUGUUGUUCAAAUCACAAACUAAUUUCUUUUCUUGCUUUUUACUAUUUCAUUAUUAUUAUUAUUAUUAUUAUUAUUAUUUAUUAAACAUGCAUCUCUUAAGAUACACAAAAGGCUUAAAAGAGAUAGGGAUUGGCUUUGUGGUAGUGUGUGGAUUUCACUCUCGGUCUACUCUGUUCAAUGUGCCACACUAGCUUUUUUUAAAAGGAAAGAAAAGAAGCACAAACAAACUGUAAGAUUGCCUUCCUUUGCCUUAUCAGUAGUUUAGGUCAUCCUGAAGACAGGUAAGUAUAUAUUCAGAGAUUCUCAAGUAUUACACUAAAUGUUCCGCUCAGUUCAGAAAAGCAGUAUGCAUGUGUCCUUUUGUCUUCCUUCUGACAAACAACUGCAGUUACCCCCUAGGGCUAUAGUAGUGUGCUGGGAGAAAGAAGCUGAGUGACCUGUGACAGUCUGACAGUCACGUGCUGAAAAAGAGAAGGCUAAUUGUCAUUCUUCCUCAUGACUCAGACAGGCUGUAUAUGCAAAGUAUAGGAUGCCAGGAGGGGACUCAUUUGAAAACUUGCUUGAACUUUUAUUUGAAGGAUCUUAGAUCCGUAUUAAUGAGAGUGCUGUACAUUUUUGUUUUGUUUUGAUAUAGUUGGACUCUUCAUCAAUGCAUAAAGUCUCACUCGGUGAAGCUUCCUUGCCAAGCACAGGUCGUUCAAAUGUAAAUUCAAAAGAAGUCAUUCCUGCUUCCCUGUCUCCAGAAAGUGUUAUUCAUCAGGUUAUAUCUCUAUUAUAUUUUUCCCUUUGCGGCAGUGCUAACCAAACAUACUUAGGAGUGUGUGUGUGUGUGUGUGUGUGUGUGUGUACAUACUUUUAAAUAGACAGGGCAGGAGAACAUGUCAAAUGAUUCCAAAACUCAAAAUUGCCUAUCUAUGGUAGGUGAGGACAGGAUAUUUAAAUAGAAGUCAUGUUGUGAGGCCUGUCCCAAACCUGUUUGAUUAUACAAGCAGCUGCCACGAAGAAAGUCCAAUGUGGAGCUGCAUUUAAAAAAUAAAAAAGCACAAGCAAGAAUACGCAGUACUUGGCCACAUCUUACUUAUUUUAAACUUUAAGACAAUGCACUUUUGCUGAAAAAAUAGCAGAACCAGGGUUUUUUUCCACCCAGAGCCUGUAGGGGGUGAAAAGAGUAUGUUUGUAGUGAACACAUUUAGGGCACCUUCCUGUUGGCGGAAUGUCCUACAUAACAUGGCUUUUUCCAGAUAUUAAAAUUAGAACCAUAGUUUGGUGUUAUCGUUAAUGAGCAGCACCAAGCCUUGAGCUUGUGAACUCCCUUCUCCUUUUCCUUUGGUACAGCCUAAAGGGGACUGGAUGCGGGGAUGUGGGUGGCACUUUGCUUUUAAACCAACCAUAAUUCCUCAUUAUGUUCAAACUCAAGAGUUCUCUGACUAGCAUAAAUGAUGCUUUGUCAGGAUCAUAGAAUCAUAGAAUCAUAGAAUCACAGAGUUGGAAGAGACCACAAGGGCCAUCGAGUCCAACCCCCUGCCAAGCAGGAAACACCAUCAGAGCACUCCUGACAUAUGGUUGUCAAGCCUCUGCUUAAAGACCUCCAAAGAAGGAGACUCCACCACACUCCUUGGCAGCAAAUUCCACUGUCGAACAGCUCUUACUGUCAGGAAGUUCUUCCUAAUGUUUAGGUGGAAUCUUCUUUCUUGUAAUAGAAAGAAGGAUCAAAUAUGAUUUACAAUCCUGACUUUCUGUCUAACUGUUUUUGAGCUCUUGAGUUUCCUGAGUUAAGAUGCAAACAAAGGAACUCUGCUUUGCUUAAGUGGAAGCAAAUGCUUCCAGGUUCUUCCUCAUGGCCACUCUGGAGGAGAAAAGGGGAGAGGGAGCAUGGGAGCCCAAAGCUAUUGGUUCAUAAUUCAGUGCUGCAUCAAAGCCCAGUCUAUGCCUCGUAGGAUGGCCUAAGUUUUGUUCCAUUUCUUUCAGUGUCUACGUAACCCUCCAGAAAUCUGCUGUAUCAUUAAAGCUUCACCAGGAUCUAGACCACUGAAAGUUCUCCAACGCCCACUGAAAAGAAAAAGAGUGUUUCCCCCACCAGGAGCAACUGAAGGUAAAGCAGGACAGGGGAUACAGAAUAUGUAUUUAUUGUGAGAACCCCUUACACAAGGAAGAGAUUUGGGGUGGUUGUUGUUUGUUGUUGUAAACUGUUGAAGCUCCUGUUUUUGACUGAAGGAAUCCUUACUUGUAAGUAUAGGUUGUGCCACAAAACUUCCCUUCUGUUUGAAUCUACAAAACAAAUUGCUGGGGAUAUGAAGGACAUUGGGCUUGGACUUGGGUUCAAAGCCCAGCUCAGCCCAGAACCUGCCAGGUCACUGGGCAAAUCUGAUUACUCAAACAUUGUGAGAGAUGUAGCUGAAUGGUAGAGCAUCUGCUUUGUAUGCAAAAGGUUCCAGGGUUCAACCCCUGGCUUGCCCAGUUAGAGCUGGAAAUGUCUCUAGUCUGAAACUCUAGAGAACCACUGCCAGUGUAGAUGAGAUGCUUUCAUGCAGAAAGAAGAUCCCAGGUUCUGUCUGGCACCUCCAGGCCAGGUUGUAGAUAUGAUGGUGGGUCUCCUGGGUGGCAGAAUCAGGGAGAUUAGAUAGCUCUGUAAGUCAAUUAAAGUGAUAUGUUUUCUUCAAAAAGUGAAAUUGAAGUUAAUUCCCAAUGCAAAUUGAUUUCUUUUUCAGAUAUUAUUACCAGUUCAAAAUACUAGAUCUACAGGAACAAUAGGUAAGUACUGCUGCAUGUAAUGUGGGGUAGGGGAGAGAAAGAGAGGGUAGCACCUUCUAGAAACCUCAGCAGCAUCCUUCUUAACCUGGGGCCCUCCAGAUGUUGUUGGACUCCCUCCCAGUUCCUAUCAUCCCAGGUAGCAUGGACAGUGAUCAGGGAUGAUGGGACUUAGAGUCCAACGACAUCUGGAGGAAACUAGGUUGGGGAAGAAGCCUGCCCUGCAGCUGUAUUAUAUGGGCAGUGAGUUCAGUAAAAAAGAAAAAAGAAAUGGACACCUAAGUCCUAUCUGAACGAAUGGGACUGAUGUUCUUUAUAUUAUGUUGAUGCCCCAGUGAUUUCAGUAGUUAUUUUCUUUCUAACUUUUCAAAACAUUUUGUUUGUCAAUGGUACAUGAUCUUCUAAACUGCAGCUUUAUUGUCACAGAGUAUUUAAAACACCUGAAAAUAUAGUGUGGGGGCCUUUAUUGUUACCUUGAGGGAAAGUAUUUUGUUUCUUUAUGGGCUGUUCUCUAAGGGUACAACAUUUCCUUUACUUGUUAAAGGAGAAAAAAACAGGAAAUUGAGAACAUGGAAUGGUAGGAAGAAGCUGAGCUGCACGUUUGGAUUUCGUUAAGUUUGAAAGUUAAUGACACCAAAAAAGAUCCUGAAAAUACUUACAGUUCUGGAAAUCUAUAUUCUGGUAGGUAAAAAUAAGAUCAGGAAUUAUAAAAGUUAGUACAAGUGUUUACCUCAUGUUUUGUAUAUACCGCUAUCCUGUAUUGCAAAGCACUUCUUUAUUGUAAAAUGUGUGCUGAAUAUACUUCUGGUAGCUCUCAGCCUGAUUUCUAAAACUUAACUUUAAGUGCUUCGGUUUAAGCCAGUUUAGGAUAACAGCAUCUACUUGUAAAUCUUAAUAUUUCACAUCAACUGGUCUUGUGAAACUGACUUGUGUGUGAAUAUGGAUAUGGAUUUGAAACAUUAAGCUAAGAUGUGUAUAUGUAGAAAAAUGAGGUGCAUUUUGUUAGAGUCAAAGUACUUGCAUCUGAAUUCAGAAUGAAGUUCUAACCUUUAACAUUUGGCAUAAGAAAUGCUCUGUUCCUACCUACUUAUUUCAUUUUGUGCAAGUAGACUCUGGUCUGCCCACUUAGGACAAAAAGUGUACCCUAUGAAGUUUUGUCGGUAGCGUGAUACUGACUGUACAUUUCUAUGUGUAACUGCUUAACCUAUUUUUUAAAAAAAAUGUAGAGUGGUGUGCAGAAACCUGCCCAACUUCUGUACUGAAUACAAAAUCUGCACCACUGCAUAAGCAUACAUAAAAGGAAAGUUCAAAGGAAACAUUUUGAGUCUUCAUUUGUUUAAAGUGGAAAACCAUUUCCACCUGCAUGCACCCUCCCUACCAUGAGUCACAGAGUGUAGGAGGAAGACUGGAUUGUCUAACGCUAAUUACUAACUUUCGCUUAUAAUGUAAAGGGAAAGAGUAGUCAGGAGACCCAAAUCAUGCAAACUGCCUGAAUUUCAGUCUUGAUUCCAGCCUGAACUGCUGGUAUCUGCCUCUGCUUCCUGUCACUUAUUUUCAGCUGCCAUUCUGGAAGCCUAAGCCAGCCCCUGUAGCUGUGUUUUUACAGUGCAUCUUGACGCAUAAAUAUUAGCAGAUCAUAUGUUGUCUCUAUGCUGCAAAACUUUUUACCUGUUCAUUUCUUUACAUCUAGUUGCAGUUAAAGACAGAAGAGUAAGUGGAGCCAUUGGGUUGUAUCCAAGAAAGUUGUCCUGCCUACACAACAGGGCUUCCACUUCCUCUCUUCUCCCCCCACACCACCUCCCUGUUUCCUCUGGAGGGUUGGGAAAACCUCAGAACUGAUUGGGAGAGGGGUGUGCAGGGAGAGCAGAUGCUGUUGCAUAGAGGGGUGGUAACCACUUUUUAGGUCCUCCCAGAAAGGCACUGAGGCUGGGAAUCUUUUUCCGAUAGCUCAAGCUAGCAGCAUUCUCUCUUUCAUCCAACAUUCUACUCUUCAAGAUGGGGAUAAUACAGAGCUGAUGUAAGGUUUACAGUGUGUGAAUUUGCCAUUGUUCAGCUCUUUCCAUCCUUGGAAUAUGAGGUCUCCUCAGUGGAGAAACAGGGACAUCAGAAUUCCCCAGCAGAUCUCUACACCACCAGUGAUCCUGAAGAGAUUUUUGUAUCCCUAUUCCAGGUCACCAUACCAGCUGACUGGGUUCCAGGCCAUCUCUUCGUGUCCCACCCCUUGUCUCCCAACACCACAGGAGCCAAGAUGGGGAGCCUAGCAGAAGCUUCAGAGCUACCACCAAAGUGCUCAGCUACCUGCACAGGAGGCUACUUGGGAGAAGGGUGAAGUAUAUGGAAGCACCUAUGAAGAUCAGCACAGGAUGGAACCUCUGUCUCUUAUUGCUCAUCCACACUUCCACUAGUCUCAUGCCUAGAAAGCACCAUGAUGCCUGUCAAAACUGCUGAUCACAUAAGGUUCUGUGGACAUCCUUAUGAAUGUAAGGAGAAAGAUUUCAGCUAGCUUUAUUUUGAAGACCUAAGAUACAUGCAAAAAUAAAUACAUUUAGAAUGACAAUGAACGUUGGUGUCUCAAGCGGGUAAAAAUGUAAACAAAAUCUGGAGAACGAUUCUUCUAGAAUGGUGUAUGUGUUAUAGUGAAAUGGUUGUCUACAGGUAACUGUUCAACCUCACAGUUUCUGUCUUCAGAAUAUCAUACCGUGUCACACUUGUUAUUGAUAGUGUACUAGAACUUGGAUUUGGAGACAGCAGCAUUAACCAAAUUAGUCUGAAAGAAUAAUUUAUUGCAUUUGCUCCACGUCCUCGUGAAGACAAAGCUGACCUAGAAGUUAUCUGUGCAUUUGAAGAAAAUAUCCACUAUGCUACAUGUUCCUGUGCAAAUAACACCAGUGGCGGAGGCGUUUUAAGAUUGUUUCAAAAGGUGCAUUUGAUGAAAAUACCAGAUUUGAUUAAUAUUUUAGCAUGAAGAUGUGGUCAUGCUAAUUUAGGCCAAAGUACUUUUAUGGACUUCAAUCAGCCUUACGUACGUUAAGAGUGUCUCCUUGAUUAUAUUUGUAUGCAUGGGGCUUCCAUGUUACAAUAUGCAGCUGCUGGCCUGCAGUGUGUGCUACCUGUCACUAAACUAUAGGGUACUCCACAUACAUUUACUUAGUGGUACUUUGUUGCAGUUGUGCCACUAGUGUAUAUAUAAUUGUUGAAAACCACUUUUUGGAAUCAGAUUCUUAAAGCUCAGUAAGUACUGGGGGGAUGAGUUUCUCUUGUCUGACUAAGGAUGAAUUUGGUAAGAUAUUAUUUCUGGAAGAGUAAUCAAGAAGGUGAAGAUAAUCCUCACUGAUUGACGGUUUGCUACUUUUUAAACAACUUUAUUUAGACUGUGGAGCUUAGUCUCUGCACGGUUUCCUUGAUGCUAUUUUCCAAAACAUCAAACAGGACAAGGUCACCACACUAGGAAGAUUCACCUCUGAUGGAGGCCUUCAAUGCUGUUGACACAAACACAGCAACGUACUUUGAAUGACAACAAGUUUCUGAUUCCAGCCGGGAACCAUCUGCAUGAGGUAGCUGUGCAGGGUGUCAGUUUAAACUUCAUCUUGCAUAAUAUAAGCCUGGUGGAGGUGAAGAGAGACAGAAUCUGUUCCUAACAAAAGCCCUUGCUUAUACAGAAGGGGACCCUCCAACCAUACUCUAGUCCAAGACUGGCUGAAAAUAAUAAUACUUACUCCUUGAUAAACAUGUCAACAAGCAUCAAAUUGAUUUAUGCAAGUCCUAUCAGUUGAUGACUGCACUUCAAGUAGUAACUUGCGUAUGUGAAUGACGUCUUGAAUUAAAGACCACCAACAGAAAUUCUAUCUUGCAAGAAACAUGAGACUUUUCAAUGGAGUAGCCAGACUAGAUAUCUCACCCUUCCUGCAUUGUGCCACCAGUGGGUGGAAGCCAGCUGGGUUCCUGGAGAGACAGAGUGACAUCUUUUGGUUGGCUGGUAGGAGCCAAUCACAGGCUCCAUCUAGCAUGAGAUGGGUAUGUGUGGAGAUAACCAGAAUGAGGAGUCUCCUCCAGUCUGCCUCACAUGUAUACUAAAGGUGAAAGCCAAUGUCGAUGUAACUUGUGUGAGAUUUGGGUUGCUACUGAAUUCCUGUAAAGCAAACAUGAAUUCCUUGUAUUGACAAAGAGGUUUUUUAGCCAGGUAGGCAAGAUUGCAAUCCUCACCCUCAUGGGCCAUCUUAGGUGCAAGGAACAACUCACCUGUCGACCACCUGACAAAUGCCAGAGGAUUAUCCCACCCACCUAUCAAAGUACCUUGCAUGGCAUGUGGGAACCACAGCACAAGGUGAUCUGCCAGUUCUCUGCUUG